GCUAGGCAAGCUGCUAAUUUUCACUCCCAUGUCAUAGAUCUUAAAACUAAAAAAAAUCAUCAUAUUCGGCCUAUAGAACUUUAAAAUUUGAAAGUAAUUAACACAGUCCUAGUGUAGCCCAACAUGCAAUCCGAACCAAAGAGAUUAAAGCACUCAAACCCCGAUGAGCAUAUGUUAUACCAGUUAGAUUGUUCACAGUGUGAAAUACGAGCAUCCAAUGAACAGCACAAGGAAUGUAGGCAAAUUAUGUCGGAAGUGUCUCAGUUUUGGAGAACUACUUUUAAAAAUCAUCCCGAUCUAAAUUCCUUGCUGGAAGGUUCCGACCAAGACUGCUUCAACUUUCUAACGGAAAUUGACGUGGAAUACUUUAAAGGAGAAAGGUCGAGGUAUCAACUGAAGUUUCAUUUUAGGCCCAACCCAUACUUUGAAAACGAUGUUUUGGUAAAGGAAAUUUCCGGGUCUGGAGAUGCUACAGAGUCGUCAAGUAUCCCCAUCAAAUGGAAAAAAGGCGUGACCUAACAGAUGGCAGUAGUCCAACGCAAAGCGGAGCAGGUCGUAAACGGGAAUUAGAUCACUAUUCGUUCCUCACUUGGUAUAACGAUCACACCGAUCCCAUUUCGUUCGAUAUCAAUGAAGCAAUAUGCUAUGACUUAUGGGAUACUGUGCUUCCGCAUUUCUGUAGUUCCUAUGAUGAUAAGUAUUGUGUUAGUAAUGCCCAAGCGAAUCAUCGUCCCGAGGCUUUAGAAAAGUAAACCCACGUUUUGCAAUUCUGUCGGAUUACUGUGCCUACGACACAAUUCGAUCUUUUCAUAAGAUUUUAACACAACAAUAUGUACUAUAAGACCAAUAAAUGCAAUUUGUCUAA